AUGACUUCCAUCCAUCUGGAAAUGGAAAUGGGAGAAACCCAGAAGGACCUCCCUGCCCUCUCUGACCCAAUUCCACAUUCUGAACUUGCAGGCACUUCAACAACUGCCCAAACACAGAACCAGCCAGAAGAUGAAACAUCAGUUUUCAGUAAGGCCAGGGAAAUCCUGCUUGGUCUCCGAGAAAAAUUCAUCAAGAUUAAACAGAACGUUGAGGAGCGCCAAUGGGUGCGGUAUGGCUGUCUCAGUGAUUCCGAACCAACAAGGGUUUACCAAGUUUGGCCAGGAAAAAAUGUAUUCUUCUUUGGGGGUAGACUCGUCUGUGGUCCGGACCCAAGGGGCUUGGUUUUAACAACAGUUUCCAUCAUUCUUUCGAGUUGGAUUUUUGCCGUUUAUAGUGGACGUGAUAUAUCGAAUCGCUCCGGUUUAAUAAUCUCCUUCUCCAUAAUUUUAACAAUGGUUGUGAGGGCACAUUAUGAACUUCUUUUGGUCUUGUCAAAUAAGGUUCUUGUUAAUUUGUUCCUGGUUAGUACUAUCGAUCCGGGAAUUAUUCCCAGAAACGAUGAAGGAUGUGUCGAAGAUGUGGGCAGCAGCAGCAGAAGCAGAAGGAAAAGGGUAAUAAUCAAUGGAGUGGAAAUGAAACUCAAGUAUUGUCAGAUUUGUAGGAUCCCGAGGCCUCCAAGGAGUUGCCACUGCGCUGUUUGUGACAAUUGUGUCGAGAGGUUCGAUCACCAUUGCCCCUGGAUCGGACAGUGCAUAGCCCUGAGGAACUAUCGGUUUUACCUAAUGUUUAUAAUAACGGCUCUGGCUUUCUUUGCCUACACACUUAGCUUUUCCUGCUGGAGAAUUCACCAAAGAAUGCUGAAAACUGGCAUUGGAUUGUCCGGGGUGCUGAGGAAUUGCCCUGAAUCGCUUGCUUUGGCGUCCUUUAGUUUUGCAGUAGUUGGGCUACUCGGUUGCCUUGUUACUUUCCAUGUGUAUUUGAUUGCUGUCAAUCAGACAGCCUAUGAGAAUUUUCGACAGCGGUUCGUGGGUUCUAAAAAUCCAUACGAUAAAGGAAUUUUACGCAACAUUAAAGAGGUUUUGCCGGUGCCACUUCCACCUUCGAUGGUUGAUUUUCGUGCCGAAGUGAAGCCAAAUUUGUACACAAAGAUGCAGGAAAAUUUUGAGUCGAACUGAGUUUUUAGAAUGGAGCAGACCGCCUUCUACACUUGAUUUUGAUCAAUUACUCAAAUCUGUGUAAUAUCCAGCUUAAUAUUACCUGGAAAUAAGCCUGAAUAAUUUUUUGGUCUCAAUGACAUGAUUUCUAGUACAUUAACAAAAGUGUAUAAAAAGAUUUCUUGUGAA